AUGGAAGGAGGGGAAUCAAAACGCCCCAAUCUCCAGAAGGAUAAUAUAAGUUCGUCCCAAAGUAGCAAGAACGAUUCUCAAAACAAUCAUACUUCAAAAGCGAAAAAACACAAAUUAUCUGUUCGAAAAGUUUUAGCAGCAAAAGAGCAAAUGGAAGCCCUUAAAAGCUGCAGUAGUGACAUAUUACUACCGAAAUCAGGAAGUCCUGAAUCUAAUAAUAUCAUUGAAGAGCAAAAUGAAAAACAAUUCAACGAGAUAGAAAAUCAGGAUGCAGACGAUAAACAGAAGAAGCACAAACACAAAAAGAAAACAAAAAAUACUGCGAAAUCAGUAGCAGCACCAAACAAUGACAGUGAUAAUGAAAUAGAUUUUGAACAAAAAGUUGCAGAAGACACGCAAUCAACUGCAAGCGAAACAAAAAAGAAGAGAGCAUCGAAAAAGAAAAGUGCCGUUAAGAAAUUACCAAAACCAGAAAUAACGAUUCCAAAUGUACCGGAACCGAAUAAAAUUCCUAUGGGAGAAUCUCCUAUUAUAAGACCUCUUCACUUCAGAGGCACACUCAGUAGUGAAUCAUUUGCUUCAGAAGACCCAUUUAAGUCAAUUGAUGUAUACAACUCCAAAGACGACGAGAAUUGGAGAACCCUUUCCAUUGAUGAUGCCUCAAGUAUGAAGUCGCGCGAUUCGAUGAUAAGCGAACCCGAUACAAUGGAUUCUGGUCGAAAACGACCAAGAAAGAUCAUUACGAAACCAUCGACAGAUAAAUCACCUCUAAUCAAUGUUCUCAAAUCUAACAACCAAAGCCCUCAAAAACUUCCAUUAUUUCCAAGUCCUCCGAAAGAAGCUCCGCCAGCAAGAAAGAGCAGACUUCGGUACGACAGCGAGAGUUGUUCUACGCAAUCCAUCGACGGGGAACCUCCGAAAGCUGAUAUUAGACGAAAUAAUUCAAGUACAAAUCCAGAUACCGGAAAUUAUACAACGACUACUACCACAACCGCUACGAUAACUACAGAAGAUAGUGCUGAAUUGCACGAGCCAAGAGAAAGCCCUCCAAGAAGAGCGCGAAGAUCUCCAUUAAAAGCGGUUAAUAUCAACAAAAUUACGCCAACGAACAGUGAAGAAUUCGAUGAAGUGCCGAUUGACGGCGUUCCAGACUCAGAUGACUCGUAUUCGGACGAGAAAAAUUCGAAAGCAACAAAUCUCAGAAAAGCUCAGUUUUUCUCAGACUCGAGUACAAACGAAAACGGUAAAAGUAAGAAGAACAGACCGCCCGCACUACAAAUUGAACAGAAAGCAGGAAGUAGAGAGGUCAGAGCAAUUAAUGAAGAACUUGAACGAAGAAAUCAAAGCGCACCAAGCGAUUGCUUCAUAAUAAAGGCCGACACCGAAUGCCUUACCAAGCAAAGCGCUUAUGUUCCACCGAAAUGGGACAUAGUUUGCGAGAAAUUGAACGAACCGAAUAAUAAUAAGUACAUACAUCAGAUGAAAGUCAGAUAUUCAAUGUCAUCCAUUCUAAAUGGACUCAAAAAAGAUUAA